UAAACCGCUUUACGACACCGUUUGUUUUUUUUGUUUUUUUGCUAGUAUUUUGGAAGUCGCUUGUUGUUGUUUUUUUUCCCAAUGCAGCAGUUUCCAGAUUUUGAGCUUUCCAACAAACUGAAAAUCCCAAUCCUAGGUUUAGGAACAUCACACAAUGGUGGCUACUCUCAUGAUGCCGUCAUCUACGCUCUCCGACAGUGCGGCGUCAGGCACAUAGACACGGCAAAAAGAUACGGCUGUGAAGAAGCCUUGUCCAAGUCCAUCACGGAGAGCCGAGUCCCACGUGACGAGCUGUGGAUCACAACCAAGCUGUGGCCACGGGAUUAUGGGUAUCAGAGUGCAAAGGAAGCCUGUCGGGCCUCGUGUGCUAGACUCGGGGUCGAGUAUUUAGAUCUUUAUCUGAUGCACUGGCCUGACUGCGGAGUCCCGGGCCGCUCCAACAGGGACGUCCGUGCCGAGACGUGGAGAGCUCUGGAGGAAAUGUACGACGAAGGAUUGUGCCGUUCCAUCGGCGUGAGCAACUUCCUAAUCAGACAUCUGGAGGAAAUGAAAGAGGAUGCCGGCGUGAUACCUCACGUCAACCAGGUGGAGUUCCAUCCGUUUCAGCAGCCGUGGCAGCUGGUGGAGUUUUGCCGCAGCGAAGGCGUAGCGUUCGGCGGAUACUGUCCUCUAGCUAAGGGACAAGCGCUCGAUCAUCCAGUCAUCGUGGAACUGGCGCAGAAGUACGGACGCAGCGCUUCACAGAUCUGCAUCCGCUGGAGCAUUCAGAAUCAGAUCAUUACCAUCCCAAAGUCCACCAAACCCGACCGGAUUCUUGAAAACUGCCAGGUGUUUGGGUUCCAGCUAGAAGACACCGACAUGGCUGCCAUGCACGCGUUGCAUGAUGGGAGACACAUGAGCUGGGACCCAACCCACGUGGAGUGAGCACACGCUGGUCUUCGAUUUCACUCUUUCCGAAGAGGACAUGCAGAGCGUCGGUCGAUUACACGCCGACAAAAAGCUCGUUCAACUCAGCUACCCGCUAUGGAACGGAUGACGGAUUGUAUUAUAUUUAGAACAUCUCUAGUUCAUUUUUGUUAGAGAAAAAAAAAAAGCCAUCAGCAACACUGAGCAAAGCAGAUAACCGAAUAAACACAGAAAAAAAUCC